CAGAUGUUUAGAAACACUGUGCAAGCUCACCAGCCUGUGCGUCAGAGGACGCCGAUGGUCUGGUCAUGUUUCCAAACGUGACGGUACCUGGUGUGAGUGAGUAAAAAUACUCAUACGGCUUAUAUAAAACAUGGGCUCCAUUAGUUCAGUUUCACAUGGAGUUGAGGAUGAAUGUUCUCAUUGGACACAGACCAGUUACUUCUAUACAAUUAAACCAAUAAAUGACUCAGGGCCUCAGAUGGUCGACAGCCAUUCGACUUAUUUGCAAUUAAGAAGCCUUGUAUGUGUUGACAAACUCUUACGCUCUGGUGCACAGAGGAGAAGACACUGAGGCAACACAACAGCCAGAGGACAGAGAGGAUGGUCACGUGUCUCUCUCUCUCUCCCACUCUCUCUCUCCCUCUCUCUCUCUACGGUUGUAGUCAAACAGCGAAUCACGGAAUCGCGUGUUGCGGAGAAUUCCGAGGGGCGCGGUGCGAGCGCACAAGUAGUCCGGCGUUGACAGGGAUUGGGUGGAGGAGGUGGAGGUGGAGGCUGGUCGUGGACGCGGGCUCAGGAUUGGUGGAGUCCACCGACAAACUUGUUGACUCCUCUUAUCUGAGCAACUCUUCUGGCUCCACGGCGCGGAGCUGUCCAGGGUCAGUGGUGCUGAAACUGCCGCCAUUCAAACUGACCCGCUGGGAAUAAUCCCGUCCCGUUCCCGUGUCCGUUGAACUCGCGUGCUUCUCAAAGUUACACCCAAACGUUCCGCUCUCCGUGACGUCUCUCUCGAACGUCAAUUGACGGAAUUUCCAUCCGCUGUCACAGCUUCCCACCCGCGGAGCUCAAACUCAGAGCCUUCAACUUCAGUAGUCCGUCAUAGGAGAGGACUCCGUCCCGGUUCUAAAGGUGCAGCCAUGGCUUUCAUGGUAAAACACGUGGUUGGAGGACAGCUGAAGAACCUGACGGGAGGACUGACGGAGGAGAAGCCCGAAGCGGAGAAGUCGGACGCCGGAGCGAAGGGCAUGACUCAAGAGGAGUUUGAACAGUAUCAGCAGCAACUGGAGGAAGAGAAACAAGAACGAGAAGCUCAUUUUGCCCAGAAGAAAGCUGAGAGAGCAACAGUGAGAACACAUUUUCGGGAGAAGUACAGAUUACCAAAGAACGAGAUGGAUGAGACCCAGAUCCAGCAGGCGGGCGAUGACGUGGAGCUGCCCACGGAGCUGGCUAAGAUGAUAGCUGAGGACAACCAGGAGGAGGCGCACAAGCAGUCGGUGCUGGGCCAGCUGUCCAACAUCCAGAAUGUUGACAUGGACCAGCUGAAGGACAAAGCCCAGGCCACACUGGAAGAUCUGAAAAAGCAGACGGAGAACUGCAGUCUCAUGUGAUUUGGACUAGGUUUCCGACCCAGAAGAUUAGCGUUUUUGUUUUUUUUCUUGUACAAAUAUUUUUCAGAGGCAGCGCUGCUCUAGAGUUAGAAAUGUUCUCGUUGCUUCGGUGGAAUGUCAGUUGGCAGAGCCACAUAAUAACAGUUUUCCUAGCUGUGCAGAGUUGGACGGGCGCCCUGUGGUCAGCCAAAAUGGCUGCUAGUUUGAAAUCAUACUACGACCGGAGAGGAGGUGGAACCCUGGUGUAGUUCUUGGUGCGAUAGCUUUUGUGGAUUUCCAUGCUGAGCUUAAGAAAGUCGGAACUCACACACACUUUGGCACACUGUUAUUAUUAUGACAACUUGCAUUGAUUUUUACCAACAAGAUUAUUCCUGUAAUCAGAACAAAAACAGAUUUUUUUAUGUUUAAAACCCCUGUCUGAACCUGACGUGACCGCUGAUUACUCAGUAUAAUCCUGCAGCUCGGCUCUCAGGUACACAGUGUGUGUGUGUGUGGGAGGGCUUCACUUACAAACAUGAAAACGAAGCAGCUUCUUUAUCAUAGUAGAAACUAAACAUCUGCUGCCUGGUCGGAGCCAGUCUGCGUGUUCUUCAAAGGCCCACGUGACUUUAUUUCUGUGGUACAGAGAGAGAGUGUAGGGUUAAAAUGGACAAACUGUAGCCGCCGAGCCCUUCAGCACCGACACACCUCCCACACGCAGAUGCUGCCUGGAGAAUAACACCGCCUGCGUUUAAGUGUCAUGUGUGUCUGGAUUAUUUCAGCGUAGAAUUAAAAUAACGCAGCCAUUGGUGUGGUUGUUCACCUUUAACUGAAAAAGCACAAAAUCCUAAAUAAAGGCAAUAUUCAUUUAGAGAAAUACACCAGGCUGGUUGUUGUCAGAAGUAGCUCACCGCUGUUACAAGCUAAACUUGGGUUUAAUGGGUUCUACUAAAAACAAAAAAACGACUUCAAAUUUUUAGCACGUUGACCUCCAUCAAGACUAUUUUUUAAACUUAUUUUCCUGUCAGGAUUUGUGAGCUCAUUUCCACAAACACGAGCCUUUUUGGAGUUGAAUUUGAUGAGACGUAGAUAGAUAUAAGUACAGAGAUGCCUUACAGUGACUGUGUUGUGAUUAAAAAGUGUGUACAGUCACCGUUUAACUCAGCAUCUGACGCUAACGACUAACAUCUGUCUCGACCCGUUUAGACUCAUCAACAUUUUUUUUUAGCUUUCCAUUUAGUGUGAGCGAAGUGUCAACGUUCCAGAAGUCGUGUGCCAAAGAAAACGGCGUAAACGUGUCACGUGUGUUCGUUAAAAAACACCUAUACAAACAUGUAUGUUUCGUGAGAUGAAAAUGUGUUUCCCACUUCAGUAAAACCAGAGUCUCGUGUUGUUGUUGUUGUUGACCUGACCUCCUGACCCUGACCCUGACCUCUGCGUCUUUGUGGUGCAGUUUUGUGACGAUGGAUUUUUGUGUUGUGUCUGGAAAUGUGAUACUGUACGUCCAUUAAUGUCUGUCCAAAUAUUCUGAGGUUUGGACUGGACGAAUCUAUGGAGGCGUGGCCUAAAAGACCUGAUGUCGUCCAUGUCGACUCACGUUAGUGUUGGUUUAUGUUCGUUAGGUAGCAGCAGUGUGAAAAAAAAGAUGAAACCAACAAGGUUCAUGUUAUUUUCAGUGAUUAUUCCGACGUCCUAGAUGAACUGUAUAUUUGUAUGACGUUCCAUUAAUAUAAAGCAGAGGGAAAGGUGCAAUAAUAAGUCGUUUGUCUGUGACGGUAAAUGUAGUUAAAUAUCAAUGGGUGGAAACAGAAGCCAUAAAGAAUACUGUUCUAUAAUAUAAUAAUGAUUAUAUCAAUGCUUCUGCUGACGUUCUGUGCUCAUGUUUUUUUUCCUUCUCUCUCUUGAGGAAGUGCUGGUCGUUACAUGCUAACCUUCCUGUGCUGUUGUGUGUCUGUGAGUUUCAUUAAUUCUGGCAGGUUUUGUCGGCAAUAAAAUAAUUUUUAGAAAAAAAAAACAAACACCCGUCAGCGCUGUGACUGUAUGUUGCCAUUGACCAGCACUCUUCUGUUUUCUUUAGA